AUAAUCCCCUCUAAUCUGCCAACCACACUUAUUUCCUCCCUCUUUUCUCGCCAUAAUGUCUGACUCGGACUCACCUCGAGGUAGCCCUCGGCCCAAUUCAUCGAGCGGCGUAGCUAAACCACCUGGUGCGCAAGUUCGACGACGUGCUACAGGCUCGCAGGUAACCAAACCAAAUUCAACACGGGCAGCGGGUGCCGGAGGGUCAUCGAAUACGAUGCUCAAACUUUACACCGAUGAUUCACCGGGCCUCCGAGUAGAUCCAUUUAUUGUCAUCGUUCUUUCCGUUUGCUUCAUUGGUUCCAUUUUUUUCCUCCACAUUUCCGCCAAGAUUAUUCGUUCCUUCUCCAAGUAAUUCCGUUCAGCAAUGCAGAGAGAUUCGCGUUCACGGUGCCACUUCAAAAGACGCACUGCUUAUCAUCUGUUGCUCAUGUUGUAACAAAAGACUGCUCAAACUGGGCGUCAUCUAUCAUAUGACACUUGAACACCUGGAAUUGACUAGGAAUCGAGCUCAUGUUGCGGCUGGUGUGAAUGAAACGCAUAUUCUCGC